AUGGCCUGGGGCAGCCAGUCCCAUCAGCCAGGAAUCUUCCUUAACUUCACGUCUCAUACAUGGUUUUGGAAUCUCAUUCAGAAUGAUUUCAAGAGUGGGAAUAUUGAUUUAGAUGGUUGCAUUAGGCUUCUUGAAAAAAUGCAAAUAAAUUUUGAUGAAUAUCAUUUAAAACAUAUUUUCAAGAAAACCAUUGACAAACACUCAGGAGAUAUAAUUAGCAUGGACGACUUCAGAGCAAUUUAUCGAGCUCUUGUACACAGACCUGAAUUUGAAGAACUAUUCAAGGCUUAUUCAAUAGAUGGCAACAUUCUACCUGAAGGCCAGCUCCUGAAAUUUCUUGCAAAAGAACAAUUUCAAACUGAAGCUAAUGAAACAACUGUCUUAGAAAUUAUUCUGAAGUAUGAACCCAUUGAUGAAGUGAGGAAGAGAAGGCAGAUGUCAUUUGAAGGAUUUAUAAGGUACAUGAACUCAGACGAAUGUUCAAUAUUUAAAAUCCAGCACAGGAGCGUCUAUCAAGACAUGACCCAGCCAUUGUGUGACUAUUUUAUUUCAUCUUCUCACAACACCUACUUGAUAGCUGACCAACUAAUGGGACCCAGUCAUUUAUGGGGAUAUACCAGUGCUCUCUUAAAAGGAUGUCGUUGCCUGGAGAUUGACUGCUGGGAUGGCCACAACAAUGAACCUAUUGUGUACCAUGGUCACACUUUAACAAGCAAAAUCCCAUUUCGUUCUGUAAUUCAUGUGAUUGAGAAGUAUGCAUUUAUGUCAUCUGCCUAUCCACUUGUACUGUCUUUGGAGAACCACUGCAGCCCUAAACAGCAGGAAGUGAUGGCAUUCUGCUUGAAAAGUAUUCUAGGUGACAAACUUCUUUCUUCCCCACUUGGUGGUGAGGUAGAUAUGACACGACUGCCUUCUCCUGAGGAAUUAAAAUUCAAAGUUCUGAUAAAAAAUAAGAAAGUUGGAACGCUUGAGCAAAGCAUGCUCAGGAUGGAGGAGGAGUAUGGUGGUGAGGCAGAGGAAGUGUCUGACUCUGACGUUCCCUCUGAUGAUGAUGACGCAGAAGUCGUGCCUCCUGGAGGACCCAGGAGUCCUACCAAAAGAAAAGGAGAUCGUAGAUCUUCACCUCCACCUCAAAAAAAAAGCAAGGUGCAGAAGACAAAGAUUGCCCUUGCAUUGUCAGACCUUGUGGUUUAUACAAAAUCUCAGAAGUUUGUGGGCUUUGAGCAUUCCAUGCAGUUUCAGAAGUGCUGGGAAAAUAAUUCCAUUGGAGAGUCUCGAGCACGAAAACUUGCAAGAGUUUCAGCUAGCCAGUUUAUUGCACAUACUACAAGAUUUAUUACAAGAAUUUACCCCAAGGGAUCAAGAAUGAAAUCUUCAAAUUAUAAUCCUCAAGAGUUCUGGAAUAUAGGGUGUCAAAUGGUGGCCCUAAACUUCCAAACACCGGGCCCAUUCAUGGAAUUGCAAGAUGGAAAAUUCCUGGACAAUGGUGGUUGUGGCUAUGUGCUGAAACCUGCAUUCCUGAGGGAUCGCAAUACCACAUUCACACCCCGAAAUGUGGGAGCACACAGCAAACCAAUGUCUCUGUCAAUAAGGCUGAUCAGUGGCCAUCAGUUACCACCCAGUGCCAUGUCAAAGACCAACAAAGCUGACCCCACAGUGCAGAUAGAAAUCUAUGGUGUGCCAGAGGAUCAAGCCAAAAAGAGAUCUAGUGUUAUAAAAAGCAAUGCUUUGUGCCCUAGAUGGAAUGAAACCUUCUCUUUCAACAUCCAAGUUCCAGAGCUGGCAAUGAUACGCUUCUGUGUGGAGGAUGAGGUGUCUCUGGUCAACAAGGACUUCCUUGGCCAAUACACUUUACCUGUGAUGAGCCUGAAUACAGGUUAUCGUAACAUUCCGCUGCUAUCCAAAGAUGGAACCAAGCUGGAAUCUGCAUCGCUGUUUGCUCAUGUUUGGUUCUAUUAG